GGGGAGGGCAGGGGGCGGGGAGGAGGAGGAAGGCGCUGGCGGGCAGUGAUGGCGGCGGGUGAUGGGAACGUGAAGCUAGGCACCUUGGGGAGUGGCAGUGAGAGCAGCAGCGACGGCAGCAGCGAGAGCCCGGGCGGCGCGGAAGCGACAGCAGAAGGGGGUGGCUGGGCAGCAGCGGCGUUGACGCUUUUGACGGGGGGCGGGGAGAUGCUGCUGAACGUGGCGCUAGUGGCGCUGGUGCUGCUGGGGGCCUACCGGCUGUGGGUUCGCUGGGGGCGACGGGGUCUGGGCGCCGGGGCCGGGGAAGGCGAGGAGAACCCCGCCGGCUCUCUGCCUCGCAUGAAGAAGCGGGACUUCAGCUUGGAGCAGCUGCGUCAGUACGACGGGUCCCGCACCCCGCGCAUCCUGCUCGCGGUCAAUGGGAAAGUAUUCGACGUGACCAAAGGCAGCAAAUUCUACGGCCCUGCGGGUCCAUACGGAAUAUUUGCUGGUAGGGACGCCUCCAGAGGACUGGCGACGUUUUGCCUAGAUAAAGACGCACUUAGAGAUGAAUAUGAUGAUCUCUCAGAUUUGAAUGCUGUACAGAUGGAGAGUGUUCGAGAAUGGGAAAUGCAGUUUAAAGAAAAAUAUGAUUAUGUAGGCAGACUGCUAAAACCAGGCGAAGAACCAUCAGAAUAUACAGAUGAAGAAGAUACCAAGGACCACAAUAAACAGGAUUGAACUUUGUAAACAACCAAAGUCAGGGGCCUUCAGAACUGCAAUUCUUACUCCCUUUCACAGAAUGUCUAGAGUCUUUGGGUUUGGUUCACCUGCUGCAAAAAAAUCAUUCAACAGAUUGUGUACAAGCUAAAUGAGUCUCACUAUGAAGAUUUGAAUACUAGACAUUCUUUAUGCUGCCAAACUCAUUAGUUGCAGUUGUUUGUAAUGUCUGGUGGGGCUUCAUCAUCCUGAAAAGAAAAGAGACAGGGAUUUUUUUUAAAGAGUAAGAAAGUUACGAGGUUACUUUUUCCUUUUUUCUUUUAUUUUUCUUUAAAUCAAAGACAACCAGAUAUGUAUUUGCUGCUUGAGUGCACACAUCUCAGAAACAGCAAGGGAUUCCUAUUUCAUGUGCUCUGCCUUUGUUUUAGCAUCGAGGGAGGGAGGAGACCUGGACAGAGAGGUGGGGUUGCACGUUAAUUGGGUAGUUUAGGCUACUGAAACAUUAAAAUGUGAAUUCCCCAACUUUUCUUUUUGGGUUUUGUCAGGAAUUAGGGGGAAAAAAACCUUUAUUUCUACCAAAUCUUUGGAAAUUAGAUGGGAUUUCAAGUGGAUUUAAGUCAAAGCUAAAUCCCCAACAGUAAGAUCAUUUGAAACUAGUUUGCAUUCCUUCCCUUCCCCUAGGUCAAAUCAAUAUUACUUGUGCCUUAUUUCACUUACAUAGACUUGAAUUAUUUUUAGGGAAAGCCCAUAUGUGAAUUCAGAAGUCACUACAAGCAGCAUUAAGACGGAAGUUGGAAUAUUCUGUUGACCGCAAAACCUUGAUGUCAUUCUGUGUAUAUAGAAUGUAAAAGGAAUAUUCAGUGUUACUGCCAUAUAUGUUAAUAUACACAAACUUAAUUAGCAUUGUAAUGGCCAAAUGCAUUCCCCCAUGCUUUUCUCUUCAAAAAAAUUGAAAAACAAAUCAACAACUCUGUCCCCCAACAGCUGCCUAAUUUUAGGAGUCAGACCCUCACAGCUCACUGGUGUGGGUGCAUGGGGUUGUAGUAUGGAUGUCGUAUGGGUGUGUUUGAAUGUGUGAGAGCGCCUUGGAAGGGACUCUGCAGAUACUGUAAAUACCAGUACCGUUUUAAUAAAGCAUGUACAAUAAACCAAAA